AUGCGCCUCACCUCCCGUCCCACCACGGCGCGUCUCCUACGUCCCACUUGUAGCCAACAGCAGCUUCGUACCUUUCUAUCCGACCGAAUCAUCCAAGCGAACGGAAAUGUGCACCCGUACGUCUCUUCCUCUCCCUCACGCCUCGCUACGCUCGCCACUCGAGCCUCGGGCUUUGCUCCUCGCCGCGUCGGCUUCGAGAUCCGGGGGGUGACCGGACCCCCUAAGGGGAUACUCAACACCCCCAGGGCCCAAGUGCGAGCGAAGCGAGAAUCCGAAGAGAGAGAGAGAGAGAGAGAGAGAGAGAGAGAGAGAGAGAGAGAGAGAGAGAGACUGACGUGUUCCCAGAUCUACCCCCACGACGCAAACACCAUCGUCUCGAUGAUGGACAUACACGUAGAACGACCUGGCGAGACGGAAGCCGACGACGACGGCGAAGCGUUUGAAGUCUUCGAGGCCGGCACCGGCGCCGGCAGUCUGACCCUGCACAUCGCGCGGGCCCUGCACGCGGCCAACCCCCCGCUCAGCCCGGCGCUGCGGUCGGCGCUGUCGACGGCGCCGAUCCGGCCGUCGUCCGACGCCGCCGACGACGCACCGGACGCGCCCGGCGGGAGGACGCUGGACCUGUCCCGUCUCCAGCUCCCCGAGGACCUGUCGGCCGAGGCGGCGCGGUACGUGUCCGCCCGCCGCGCCGUGCUGCACACCCUCGACCGCAAGGCCGCGCACUCCCUCCUGGCCCACGCCACGGUCCGCCGCUUCAGGAGGGGCAUGUACCUCCCCAACGUCGACUUCCACGCCGGCGCCUCGGUGGAGGCGUACCUGACCUCCCGGCUGGACCGGCGCGGCGGCCGACCCUUCCUCUCGCGCGCCGUGCUCGACCUCCCCGCCCCGGAGGACCACGCCGGCGUCCUGCUGCGGGCCAUGCGACCCAACGCCGUGCUCGUGGCCUUCAGCCCGUCCGUCAGCCAGAUCGCCGCGCUGGCCGCCUGGUCCGCCAGGGGCCGUCACCCGCUCCGCCUCGACCGCGUCGCCGAGCUGCCCACCUCGUCGUCCGCCGAGUACGGCGUCCAGGAGUCCGACGGCGGCCGCGCCUGGAACAUCAGCACCGUCGUGCCCAAGGAGGGGGGGGCCGGCGGCGAGGUGGUGCAGAUCAUGAGGCCGCGUGUCGGUGAUAGGAUCGCCGGUGGAGGCUUCGUCGCCGUCCUGCGUAGGAUUCCUGAUGCUGAUAAUGACGAGGGCAAGGGCAUCGAUCAAGUUGACGAGAGGGGGUGA